UUUUAGGUCAUCGUCGUCGCAUCGAAUCUCUCCGGCGACUACUCUCUCCAUUCCGCCGUCGACAGAGCAACACUCCGUUCUGAGGUUAACCCUUCUCUCGAAUUUGCCUUCUCGUGUUGAUUCCGCCUUCAGUUUUACACUCUUUCUUACUAAUUGUGAGAGAGCAGAGAGAGAUGGCGUUGGAUUACAAACCUCCAGAGGAGUUCAUAGUCAACAACUUACAGCCCCUCGUUGACUUCGAUGUGACGGGAUCGACGGAGCUCUGGCUCAUCCAGUGCCCUAUGAGCCACGUUCCGGAGAUUGAAGGGAAGGAGCUUAAGGUUAAGCUUGGUGAAGAUGGAGUCUUGGGACGUUUCGAGGAUUCUUCUGGUAAAGAGGUUGAACUUGUUAGCUUUGCUUCUCAAGAAGGUGAUGCAACUGUGAUUAUACCUUGUCAGAACGAAUCAAAGAUCGUUGGGAAGAUUUCUAGGCGAGUUUCGUUGGUUCGGUUCCCUGAACCGGAAGAGCUUCUUGAGACUUUUAAAACUCAGCAGAAGGCUUUGAGAGCUGUGACGAGUUCCUCUGUUAGAAACUCUAACCCAGCUAUGAGUAGCAAGCGUAAAAGCGGACAGUCUUCUCUUCGACAUAGCAGCAGAGAGAAGAGCUUUUUCUCUGGCUUCACUGAGACUCCCAAGUCUUCGAAAAGAAAGCAUUCGGAGCCUUCUGCGAGCAAACAUGGUUCAGGCUCUUCGGAUAGGUCGGGUAAGUCUAAGAAGAAGGUGAAGACUGAGAAGUAGAGAUGGUUGUUUUUCUUCUUCUUUAUAUGAUUGUUUUGAUGUUGAAUUUUUGAUUAUGUGAGACGAUAAGCAAAAACUAGUAUUGUAUCCGAAUAUAUAACUUAUUUCUCCAGACAUGGUUAUGAAUUA